CUCUCUGUAGGUUUAGUAUCGUGAGAUGUUCGGUCGGUCAGGACGUUUGGACUCAUCUCUCUCAGACUGGUUAGAGUUUUUCAAACUUAGUUCUUUGGCGUCAGGACCGAGGUCAUGAGCGUUCCUCUGCUGAAGGUUGGUGCGGUUCUCAGCACAAUGAUCAUGGUCAGUAACUGGAUGUCUCAGACGCUGCCGGGGCUGGUGGGACUCGAUCCGCACAUCGCUCGGCCUGGGACCUCCGAGAAGAUCAUCAGCGUGUCGUACCCCGGUGAGGACGAGGGCUGGCAGGUGUACGGCUCUGUUCAGGGGAAGUGUGUGUGCUCCAUCAUGACUCCGGCUCACAGCGUCUGUGGAGGAGACCCUCGACACGCUCGUCUGCAGCAGAUCUCUGAUCAGCUGCUGAACGUCUCUCAGCACAUGGAGAUCCUGAGCCAGCGGACCACUGAAGAUCUGCAGCAGCUGAGAGACUCUGAGACACUGCUGGAGACACUGGAGAGAAGACUGAACACAGCCCAUCAGGAACCUCACGGUCUGACCAGCAAGAGCCUGCAGGAGCUGCGCGGGAGCGUGUCUCAGUGUCGUCCUCUGAGGGCCCUAGUGGGGCGUCUGCGGGUGGAUGUGGGGCAGCUGGAGGCUCUCAGGGAGGAGCUGCAGAGGCUGAACGACUCUCUGUCCGUCCUGCAGGAGCGCUUCUCUCUCCUUCAGUAUCAGCAGCUGCAGCAGCGACAGUCUGUCCUUCAGCGGCACCUGCACUCCUGCUCCAGUCAGCUGGGCUGCGGCCGGCUGACGGGUAUCAGUGCUCCUCUCACGGUCAGAUCCUCAGGAUCACGCUUCGGGUCAUGGAUGAUGGACAGUGUGAUCGAUAGCACAGACAACGUGUGGGUGAUGGAUGGUUAUUUUAAAGGCAGACGUCUGGUGGAGUAUCAGUCUCUCGGUGACUUUGCUACUGGACAGAACUUCAUCGUCCAUCAUCUUCCUCACCCGUGGGCAGGGACGGGUCAGGUGGUGUAUAACGGCUCUCUGUACUACAACAAGCACCUGAGUAACGUUGUGGUGCGCUACGAGCUGGCGUCCGGCGGGGUCCUGCAGCAGCGGCCGCUCGCCCAGGCCGGCUUCAACAACACCUUCCCGUACUCGCGGGGCGGCUCGUCCGACAUCGACCUGAUGGCCGACGAGACGGGGCUGUGGGCCGUGUACUCCAGCAUCGGCCGCGGCGGGAACCUGCUGCUGAGCCGCCUGCACCCGGCCUCGCUGGACGUGCUGCGCUCCUGGGACACGGGCUUCCCCAAGCGCAGCGCCGGAGAGGCCUUCCUCGUCUGCGGCUCGCUCUACGUCACCAACUCUCACCUGGCCGGGGCCAAAGUGCACUUCGCCUUCCACACGGCCUCGGCCUCGUACGAGUACACCGACAUCUCCUUCCACAACCAGUACUCGCACAUCUCCAUGCUGGACUACAACCCUCGGCUGCGGGCGCUCUACACCUGGAACAACGGCCACCAGGUGCUGUACGACCUCACGCUGCUGCACUUCAUCCGCACGCGCCGCGACACGCGCUGACCCCCGCUGACCCCCGCUGACCCCCGCAUGACCCCGCACGCCCGCCACGCUUUACAGCACUUCAGCCGUAAAAAAAACGGAAAUUGCACGAAUUUGGAGGAAAGCGGGAAUCCCAAAAUGUAAGGAAAACGUCUGAAUGGUGAGAUUCUGAAUCCUAAACCGUUACGAAUAUGAAUUAAAGUGGGACUUGAACUCAGAAUGAAGAUCAGAACGCAUCUGAACUUUUACUUUCCUCUUAUUUGUCUCUGCUGGAAAGAAAUGAAUGUGUAAAAAUGCUUCUUCGGGUCUUGCUCUGUGAAACCUCACCAAUAAAAGGAAACUUUUUAAUAGCGUAUUUGUACAGAAAUUUGGGGAAUUGUUACGGUGCAUGCCAUGUUAUUUAAAAGAAACUGACCAAAUGUAAAGCAAGAAUACAUCAGUCUGAAGCUUGUUUCCUCUCAGUCUUCUUUGACUUUGGGCUGAUGGUCAUCGCUUGCUGUGUUUCGAGGUGGCGCUGAUGACUUCUCUCCUGUUUUUCACACACACUGGUUCUCAGCACAACAAUAUUUGAAGGUUGCAUUCAUUUUUCAUGCGGUUUAUGAUUAACUAUUAAAUGUGCGCUCAUAAUGUUUACCAUAGAGAUUGUUUUAAAACCAGAAUUGAGGAUGAAAAUAUCUGUGUCCCUUUACACACUAUCCACCCUAUCUGCCCUAAAUAGUGCUGAACAUGACUACUAUCACAGAGUUUAGGAUGGACAGUAUGCACACAAAGGAAACCAUUUUGCAACACUGACCUUAAAAUAUAUGUUGAAACUCUUUCUAACUUGAGAUCACAAAACAAUACGAAUUUAAAAGCUUUUUAGUUUUAUGUAACUGCCCUAAUAUAUGGAGCUUUUAAUGUUUCUUGUUUUAUAUUUUUCGUGAUUACUGUUGUUCUGUUUUGUAUGCUUGGUGCAACGUUGCAUUAUGUUUUUUCGUAUGUUCUUGUACGAUGAAAGUGAAUAAAAGGAAAAGAGCAUGCUCAUGAA